AUAGUCCAUCUCGAAAUGUUGUCUAAAUUGGGUUGUCUGUUGUUUGUUCUCUCGUUUGGGAACAGCUUUUGUUCAAGCCAGGAUGAUCUACCAGAGAUAGAUACGCCUUUGGGAAGGGUUCGGGGAUAUUGGAAGACGUUGGAUGGUAUAACAUAUGCUGCAUUUGAGGGAAUUCCAUAUGCAAAACCACCAGUGGGAGAUCUUAGGUUUGAGGAAUCUGAACCCAUCCCAGCUUGGUCAGGAACUUGGGUGGCCAACGUUUCUUAUACAUGUCUCCAAAGUCAAGUACUGUCCACUAUUCACAAUGAAUCUGGAGACGAAGAUUGUCUGUACAUAAACGUGUACAUCCCUGAGGAUUCCGUGAAGAACCCCAAGGCCCUUGACGUUAUAGUUUCAAUCCAUGGAGGUGCUUUUAUGGUAGGCAGCGGAACGGAAUUUGAUACGUUCCUAGACAAGGAGGCAGUGCUUGUAUCUUUGAAUUACCGUGUUGGUAUUCUAGGAUUCCUCAGCACGGAAGACGACGUCAUACCCGGCAACAACGGCAUGAAGGAUCAAGUCUUAGCACUCAAGUGGGUCCGGGACAACAUCGCUUCGUUUGGGGGAAACCCCCACUCCGUUACCAUAGUGGGUUUGUCAGCGGGAGGCGCCAGCGUCCACCUUCACUAUUUCUCCCCCCUCUCGAAAGGUUUAUUCAUCAGAGGGAUCUCUCAAAGCGGUACAGCUCUGGGGCCGUGGGUAACGAAGAAAAAUGCUUUGCAAAGCGCUAAGAAGCUUGCUGCGUUGAUGGCCUGUCCUGACAGCCCCUCGGAAGAACUGAAGAAGUGCCUUAAACAGAGACCUGCACAAGAUUUAAUAGAGCAAGUAAAAUAUUUCUAUGGUUACGAUAUCGCGCCAAUGACGCCUUUUUCACCAGUGGUGGAAAAAGGAUCAACGAACGCUUUUCUGGACGCGGAACCUUACCAGCUUUUGAAGGAAGGUAAAGUCCACGAUGUGCCUUGGAUUACCUCCUACACUACUGGUGAAGGAUUGCUUCUUACAGGAGUUCUUUGGCAAAAGUUGGAUGAGGUAGACGAAAAGUGGGUAGAAAUAUUUCCCUAUCUGCUACAUUGCAACGAGACUUUACCUGUAUCAGAGAGAGAAACAGUAGCGAAGGAAGUUUUAGACUACUACAUGGGACCAGGAGAAAAAAUCAGUAAAAAUAGCUACAAAGAAUUU